AUGGCAACUGCGACUUCCGGUUUAAUGACCAACAGUAGUCGCGACAUCAGCGACAACAGUAGCAACAGUAGCGGCGACAUUUGCGACAUCAGUAGAAACAGCAGCGACGACAGCAGCAAUAAUAGUAACAACAGCAGUCGCGACAUCAGCGACAACAGUAGCAACAGCAGCGGCGACAUUAGCGACAUCAGUAGCAACAGCAGCGACGACAGCAGCGAUAACAGUAGCAACAACAACAGUGGCGACCGCAUGGAUGGCGUAAACAACAGUAUGGACAACAAUGACGUCAUCAUCAACAUCAACAACAACAUCAACAACAACAACAACAACGGUGACAACGACCUGAUGACAGAGAGCUGCAAAUGGUUCGACUUCAUCAACUACUCAGUCUUAGGCGGAAUGAUCUGCUGCUGUGGUGUAGUCGGAAACAUUUUGGCCAUCUUGGUGUUGAGGAAAAAACCCAACAACAAAAACAACAACAACGGCAGUAGCAGCAGCAGCAGCAACAACAACAACAAAACGCUUGUUACAGCGUUUUUGCUACAAGCGCUUGCAAUGGCUGACACAUUGUUAUCCUUUGUGGCUGUUCCUUUAUACGUGCUGCAGCCUUUUGAGUUCUACAGGGCCACGCACAACAUUAUCGUACCAUAUAUAUGGGCCCUAUACCAAAUGCCCUACACGUGUACCGUGUUUUAUACCGUCUUGGUAUCUUUUAACCGCUAUCUGGCAGCCUGUCGACCCUUUUCCGGUGGCAAAAACAAGAUGGCAGACUGGCGGAAGUAUGUCUUUGUGGUGGCAGUCUUUUCUGUAAUCUACAACAUACCGAAAUUCUUUGAGUAUCGAAAGACGGAAGAUGAAACGAUUGAUUGA